AUGCAAAGCAUUUUCCGCUUGCCAUGGUGUACGGACCCUUCAGGUGACGAGAAGCCCGAAAAGGCCAUAUUUCAGAAAAUGCGCAAACCAUCUGUGGUCGAUAUGUCCCUGACCAGCAAAUCAAAGCGCAAACGAGCGGAUAGUCCGCCCUUCGAACCUCUGCCUGCCUUUGACCACUCAAAGCGCGCCAAAAUCUCAGACGCUGACACUGAUCUAUUCUUGCCUGGAAAAUGGCAGUCUGAUUCUCCGAUCGACGUCAAGAUCUCUGAGCCCACAUCAUACGACUCUGCUAACUUCGGUCCUCAAUAUUCGGCGGCAAAUAUUCCACUGCCUACUCCGGUUGUGUCGUUUGCUGAUUCUGACAUCGCAAAGACUACAACCCCAACACCGCCACCUUCUGCCAAGCCAAGUCAGCCUCUAGAGACCAACGAUAAGUCAGAGAUUCUGGAGGAAACUAAGGGUUCAAAGCUGGAAGACGUUCUCGAACAUCAGUUCAAUCUUGAAAUCUUGCUCAAACAUCGCGAACUUCGAUUGAUUGAGCAAGAGCUUGCUAAAUGUCAGACUGCGCUCGAGCAAUUACGAAGAUGUGAGGUCAUCCCAUAUCCUGGAAGUUCUGGUCUCUCUGAAUCUCUUUCUUCCGGUGCUGGACCUGCGCUCAAGCCUCAGCCUGGAUUCACCCAACCACAAGCGCCUUCCCCAUGGGGUGUUAUCGAUGGUCCAUACACUAGGCACUAUGCAAGAUGGCUUCUCAACGAUCCGACUUUCGACUCUUUACCGUUCAGUCAAGUCAUGCCGGCGAUGGACAACUACGCGAUACAGCCCGAGGGUCGCUCCACCCGCAACAGUGGUGCAGGUAUUAGCAAGACUGGCAGAUCUCGCUCUACUCGUGAUUCGUUCGGUAAUCUCAGCCAAGCCUUACCCAACUAUCCCUCUCAGUCUCGUGGCAAGCAGGGUCCUUUGGUCAUAAGAAGACUAGCCGACAACCUAUUUGUCAAGUUGAUUUGCAACAACUGUCAAAGAGGUGACUUUUCUAGUGUCCAAGGAUUCUUGAACCACUGCCGUAUAGCGCACAAGGUCGAUUACAAGAGCCACGAAGCUGCGGCUUUGGAUUGUGGAAAGCCACUGGAGGAGGAUGAAACUCAUCUAAUCCCUCAGGGUGCUCCUGUGCCAACACCUGGAGUUCCAAAACCGCAGCAGGCUCCCAAGCUCGCUGUGCCGCAAGCCAUUCCUGCACCCCCAGCUGGGUUCGUUCAUCCUCUGAACGCGCAAGUUCUGCCGCGUUAUACUUGGAAGAGACAGGCGUACGAAGCAAGAGCGUCGAUGUCUCGGUCGCACAGUCGUCGCGCGGCUGCAGGCAAGCCCAGUACAUCAACCGCAGCAGCUGAUUUCCAUGCGAGGCCUUUAGUAGGAAGCUCAUCCGCGCCAUAUCUCUCUGCUCGUUUCGCCAAGCGAGGUCUUGGUGGAGACUUGCAGCAUGCCACUACACAAGCCCGUGAGAAGAUUGAUCUUGGUCCAGAUCUCGUCGAGGACGAGCCAUCGAUCUCGCCAGGGAACGAGACGCCCAAGUUGAAUGGCACGUCGGCAGUCAAUGUUAGCAAGCCUGUGUGUAAGUCGGCCCACGAAGGAUCGCAGGGUCACAAGGGCUGGUAUGCACCUAUCUCGCGCCCUCGUCCUACGCCAAUCAUGGCUCGCCACGUUCCUGCAGAGAUGAUGGAUUCACCACCCACUCUGUCGCCUCAUGCUGUGGAUAGCAACCCAGGACUCGUGUCUGAUCAUGAAGACGAUGAUGCACCUUCCGACCUAGAUGAUGUGCGUUCAGAACGCCAUGAAUCUCCUGCCGCAGUGAGCGGGCUCGGCGCUCUCAGGGACCGAACGUGUGGAGAUGAGAUGGAUGUGGACCUUGAGGUCGACGUUGACGAUGAAGCAAAUGGACACAGCGUACUGAUUCGACCUCGGAGCCUGGGUCUGCAGAUGCGUUCGAGCGGUAGCCCUAGUAGGGCCAAGUGA